AUGGCUAAUAAAGAUAUAUCGGAACCAGAGGUACUUCCGUUACCCGAUUCUCCAACGUGUAAACGAAAAAAAUUACCACAACUACCGUGGUUGCCGUACGCUGGCUGCGAGACUGAACCUCAACCAUCGUUUGCAGUUGGAAGAGCUUAUAAAAAUGCACAAUAUCAACAAUUGUUUGCUUCAAAGAAAACAUGGACAAAAGCAGUUCCUUUUAAAAAUACUUUAGAAUAUCCGACACCUUCGCCUGGAAAUUCAUAUACACCAUGUGCUCAUAGCAUGAAAAUAUCACCAUCAGCUCAAAAAAUUAAGAAAAAGAAAUAUCCUUCGCCAAUAGGACCCGAUGGUGAACUUCAGUAUCCUCCACCACGAAGUAUAUACUAUACGAAAAUAGAAAAUGAGCGCCUGGCGAAAAUUGAUGCCGAGAAAAAGGCAAAUUUAGGUGGUUCCAUAGACUUACGAGAUUUGCUUACAGGAAAGUACAAUGAAAGAAUGGCAAAAUUAGCUGAAGAAAAAGCAAAACGAAUUGAACGAUCUAAAAAAAGAAAAUUAGAUAAAGAAUUAAAAUUAGAAAUGGAGAGACAAAAACUUAUAGCAUUGCGACAAGAUCCUUUACCUGUUCACCCUGAUGAGCAACGAAGAAAACUUUUAGAAGAAACUGAAAAGGAUCAACAAAGAUUCAUUAGACCAGAAGAUAUCGAAAAAAUUAAUUAUUUUAUAUCGGGUACGUCCAUGAUUAUUUACUUAUAUCGGUCAGGUGGAAUUAUGUAUAUGACUGAACGUAAACGUCUUGGUAUCAUUACAAUACCUCCUGAAUGGGGACCAAUUACAAUUCGAGCUCCAAUUCCUUGGCAUGCAACUGCUACAGUAUCAAAAAAUUUAAUGUUACAUAAUUUAUUUUUAUGUCAUGCUACACAAAUUAUGAUUCGAAAGUUAUGGCAUGAUUUAUAUAACGACAUGUUAAUUAUUGACAUUAAUGAAAUCAAUCAAGACAAAACCCUUUUCCCAGUAAAUCCAAGAAAAUUUAUGGAGAAAAUAAAACAAUGUUGUGCUGAAAAAAGACGUAAACUUGAAUUUGAGUGGAUACCAGCUGUAGCCAAUAUUCUUGCAAAUAUGAAAAACACUUGGGAAAAGUUCGUACCAUUGACUCAACAUGAAGACACUGGUCUUAUUCAACGAUUUUUUGAAAGUAUUGCCUCGUUAAUGUCGAAACAAUUACGUGAAUUAGUACUUCAAAGUGUUCUGCAUUUAAAAGAUUAUUUAUUAAAAUUUCAAGGAGGAAAUGCUUUUGAAGAAUUUGAUUUUUUAGCAUUUUCAAAUUUACCAAUGUUAGAAAUAAGUAUUAUUCCUACAGAAGGGACGACUGAACUAAAAUUUGAUCCAAGUUUAGAUGAAAUUAAGAGAAUAUUACAAGAAGUGUUUCAUGAUAUAAUAGAAGUAAAUCAUGAUCUACCACGUGUAGACAAAGUAAUGUUUCCAGAGUUCAGUGAAUAUAAUUUAUCUAUACACAGCGUAAAACCUGAUGAAAAAGAAAUAAUCGACCAUAUAAAUGAAGCUUGUGAUGUUUUGGAUUCAAAUCGACCAGGUCCUUAUAAAUAUUUGGAACAUUUUCAAAAAUAUUUUUAUAUUUUAAAUGGAACAGCGAAAAAGGAGUUGGAAGAAUUUUUUAAGCAGCAACCAUUUCCUUAUCUCAAAGAUUUUGCGAAACUUGUAGAUGCUUAUAAUGCAAAACUCGAUGAACUACACGAUUUGCCGAAAGAAAUUCCUUUGAAUUUUAUUAUGCUUAAUUGUCAAACCAUCAACAAAACGUUAUAUGACAUGAUACACGAUUUGAAAAUGGAUAUUAUUAAUUAUUUUAUCAAAGAAAAUCGUGAAAAUAAUAGAGAAAUUUGUAAAACUUUUGAUAUUAUAUCAGAAACUGUGAAUAAGGUACCAAAUACCACGGCAGAACUUGUAACAUUAAUGAAUUUUCUUCAAGAAAGUCGUGAUGCUACGCUAUUUGAUCUUAAGGCAAAGAUUAAUUCAGUUACUGCUGAACUGGUUUUAUUUCUAAUGAAAUACGCAUUAUUAGAAGCUGACGACAUCCGAUUGAAUUCACGAACUUUUGUAUGGCCAAGUGAUUUAGAAGAAGUUAUAGAUUUAGCAAAUACUCGAUUGACAGAAAGACGGGAAAUAGUAGAGGGUGUAUUAAGACAUAGGCGAACAGCAUAUGAGGCCCGAAUAAAAGAGGACCAAAUAUCAUUAGAAUUAUUUAAAAAGAAAGAUCCACCUGUUUUGGGUAUAGAUGAAAUGGUUCCUGCUGUUGAAGAAUUAGACGAACUUAUGGAACGUAUUCGAGAAGAUAAGAUAGAAGGCGAUGCUAUUAACGAAGAGGAAACUUUAUUGGACUUAGAUGUUUCACCAUUUUUGAUACUUAAUUCUUUAAUAACUGGAAUUGAACCAUUUGAUAAACUAUGGCACACGACCAUUGAUUUUACUACUAAAUAUGAAACUUGGUACUAUCAACCAUACAUUUCAUUCGAUGCUAUGGCUGUAGCUGAUGAAGUUGAAACUAUGUGGCGUACACUAUACAAACUAACGAAAACAAUAACAGAUUGUCCUGGUGCGCGUCGAAUAGCCGAUGUGAUGCGUGGUCGUGUAGAAAAAUUUCGGCAAUUUGUACCAAUAUUUGCUAUUGUUUGUAAUAAAGGUUUGCGGGAACGUCAUUGGGAAUUAAUGUCUGAAGUGGUUGGUGUCAAACUUGAACCCAAACCUGAUCAAACGUUAGCUCAAAUGGUAGAAUAUGGUCUUGUGAGGCAUAUACCUGCCUUAGAAGAAAUUACUGCAUCUGCUACUAAAGAAUUUGCUCUUGAACAUAAUUUACAUAAGAUGAAAAACGAAUGGGAAAAUGUGGAAUUUAAUAUUGCACCAUACCGGGAUACUGGAACGUAUAUUUUACAAUCAGUUGAUGAUAUUCAACAAUUAUUGGACGACAACAUAUUAAAAGCUCAAACAAUGAGAGGUUCGCCAAAUAUAAAAGCUAUUGAAGAAGAAAUGACCGCUUGGGAAGAAAAACUUAUAUCAAUGCAGGAUAUUAUUGAUGCUUGGUUAUUGUGCCAGUCAACAUGGAUGUAUUUAGAACCCAUAUUUGGUUCAGAAGAUAUAAUGCGUCAAAUGCCUGGCGAAGCUCGUAAUUUUAAAACAGUGGAUAAAGCAUGGCGAACAAUUAUGACACAUACAAUCCACGAUCCUCACGUAUUAAUUGCAACAGAAAUGCCAAAUAUGUUACAAACAUUACGUGAUAAUAAUGCAUUCUUAGAAGAAGUACAAAAAGGAUUGAAUGAUUACUUAGAAAAGAAACGAUUAUUUUUCCCAAGAUUCUUCUUUUUAUCAAAUGAUGAAUUAUUGGAAAUUCUAUCUGAAACAAAAGAUCCAUUACGUGUACAACCACAUCUUAAAAAAUGUUUCGAGGGUAUUUAUAAACUCAAUUUCACCGAGGAUGAAAUUGUUACUGGCAUGAUAUCCGCAAAUGGUGAACAAGUUCCAUUUGUUGGACAAAUUGUACCAGCUGAAGCAAAGGGUAUGGUAGAAAAAUGGUUAUGUCAAGUUGAAGCAUCAAUGUUGAAAUCAAUGCGAGUUAUUAUUUGUGACUGUAUAAAAGGUUACGGUACUACCGAGAGAGCUGAAUGGAUUCCAGCAUGGCCUGGUCAAAUAAUUCUAUGUGUUGAUAUGAUUCAAUGGACAUCAGAUGCAACAAUUGCUAUUGAAAAUAAUUAUUUACCCUCAUUUUAUGAAGAAUGCGAAGAAAAUAUUGCUGUGUGUGUCAAAUUGAUUACAACAAAAUUGAAACCAUAUGUAGCGAUAACAGUUGAAUCUAUGAUAGUUAUAGAUGUCCAUGCUAGAGAUAUAGUAAAAAUCAUGAUUGAAAAAGAUGUAUCAGAAGUAACGGCUUUUGAUUGGAUUGCACAAAUGCGUUAUUAUUGGAGAGGUGGGGAAGGUGCAGACGGCAAUGUAGGAGUCGCAAUGAUAACAACAGAAAUAAUGUUUGGAAUGGAAUAUUUGGGAAACUAUUUUCGCCUAGUUGCUACACCAUUAACAGAUAGAUGUUUCAGAACUCUUAUGGGUGCAUUAAAGUUGAAUUUGGGUGGUGCCCCUGAGGGGCCUGCAGGUACAGGUAAAACCGAAACCUGUAAAGAUUUAGCAAAAGCGGUCGCCAAGAAAUGUGUGGUUUUUAAUUGUUCAGAUGGCUUGGAUUACAAAGCGCUUGGCAAAUUUUUCAAGGGAUUAGCUCAGUCUGGAUCUUGGGCAUGCUUCGAUGAAUUUAAUCGAAUUGAACUAGAAGUACUUAGUGUAGUCGCUCAACAAAUUUUAAGUAUUCAAUUAGCUAUUGCUCAAAAAUUAAAACGGUUUGUAUUUGAAGGAACUGAUAUUUCGUUGGAUCCCACGUGCACUGUUUUCAUAACUAUGAAUCCAGGAUACGCUGGUCGACAAGAAUUGCCAGAUAAUUUAAAAGUACUAUUUCGAACUGUUGCUAUGAUGGUUCCAGAUUAUGCAUUAAUAGGAGAAAUUACAUUAUACUCUUGCGGAUUUACAAAUGCUCAGAUUUUAGCUCAAAAAAUCGUCCAUACUUAUAAAUUAUGCAGUGAACAAUUAUCGUCCCAAAAUCAUUACGAUUAUGGAAUGAGAGCAGUAAAAUCUGUUCUAUUAGCAGCUGGUGCCUUAAAGCGUGCAUUUCCAACACAAGAUGAGUCUGAACUUUUACUUCGUGCUAUCAUAGAUGUUAAUUUACCAAAGUUUUUGGCGGAGGAUGUUCCACUUUUUGAAGGAAUAAUAUCUGAUUUAUUCCCUGGCGUAAUUUGUCCACAACCAGAUAGAGAUGAACUUUUAGUACACAUACAUACUGUAUUAAAACAACGAAACUUGCAAGCUACUGAUUGGUAUGUUUUGAAAAUAAUUCAAAUAUACGAAAUGAUUUUAGUAAGACAUGGUUUAAUGGUCGUUGGAGAGCCUUUAGGUGGUAAAACCUGUGCAUAUCAGUCAUUGGCAGAAGCACUCGCUUUAUUAGGAGCAGAUAAAAAAGCUAGAAUGAAAGAGAAUCGUGCUUUAUAUCGUAUUAUAAAUCCAAAAGCAAUUAGCAUGGGUUUCUUGUAUGGUUCCUUUGAUCCAGUUUCACAUGAAUGGACCGAUGGUGUUUUGGCAAAUACAUUCAGAGAUUAUGCUAAUGCUGCAACACUAGAUCGUAAAUGGAUUUUGUUUGAUGGUCCAGUAGAUGCUGUAUGGAUAGAAAAUAUGAACACUGUUUUAGAUGAUAACAAAAAAUUAUGUUUAAUGUCCGGCGAAAUUAUUCAGAUGUCUGAUUCAAUGAAUUUAAUAUUUGAGCCAGCUGAUUUGGAACAAGCAUCCCCUGCGACUGUAUCACGCUGUGGAAUGAUAUAUUUGGAACCAUCACAAUUAGGAUGGGAGCCAUUUAGAGAUUCGUAUAUAAAUGUCAUUAAAGACAAAUUAAUACCUGAACAAAUUGAAAUAGUUAUUGAAUUAUUAAAUUGGCUUGUACCAGCUGUCAUUGAAUUUAUUUGGAAUCAUUGUAGGAGAUUUAUUGAUUCAUCUGAAAUGCAUUUAUUUCAGUCAUUUGGACGCAUUUUUUCCAUGCUGAUGGAGGGAGAAACACAAGUCAGUACAGUAUACGUUCAAUGCAUAUUACUAUUUGCGGUAGUAUGGGGUUUUGGUUGCACAUUAAACAAUGAAAGUAGAAUUUUAUUUGAUGAUUUCUUUAGAAAAAUGAUAAAUGGUGAUGAUAAAAACUAUCCAAAGCCAAAGAUGUUUAAAUUAGCGAAAAAUCAAGUAUUUCCUGAUAGAAAUCUUGUAUUUGAUUGGUGCUACGAUAAAAAGAAUAAUGGUACGUGGAUUUCAUGGUUAGACGUAUUUCCACCAGAAGUUUUAAAUCCUAAAGCUAAGGUAUCCGAAUUACUUAUUCAGACUAAUGAAUCAGCAUGCCAAAAAUUUUUCUUGGAAAGAUUUACUAAGCAAAAAGUACCGUUAUUAUUUUGUGGACCAACUGGUACAGGAAAAUCAGCGCUUGUUUUAAAUUAUUUAUUAAACUUACCCAAAGAAAAAUGGCUAGCUACUGUUUUGAACUUUUCGGCAAGAACUUCUGCACAAAUAACUCAAGAUAUAGUAAUGUCUAAAUUGGAUCGACGGCGUAAAGGAGUGUAUGGUCCAUCUAUGGGAAAAUUAUGUAUUUUAUUCGUUGAUGAUUUAGGCAUGCCUCAAAAAGAAACAUAUGGAGCACAACCACCAAUCGAAUUGCUAAGACAAUGGAUAGACCAUGGUUACUGGUUUGAUAAGGAUACUACUAUAUUGCAAUUGAUUGAUAUUCUAUUUGUAUCAGCAAUGGGACCACCGGGUGGUGGAGCUAAUAUGGUUACAUCUCGAUUUACACGACAUCUCUUUAUUUGUUGCACAGAUUCAUUCCAGGAUGCCACUUUAACAAAAAUAUUUACUUCAAUAUUGGAUUGGCAUUUUGCCAAAGGCUAUGAAUCGAGUAUAUGCCUGUUAUCCAAAGGCUGUGUUGGGGCAACAAUGGAAGUGUUUAGAGAAGCGACUUUAAAUUUCUUACCUACUCCAGCAAAGUCUCAUUACACAUUCUCUUUACGAGAUUUUUCCAGGGUAAUAGGAGGUUGUUUAUUACUCCCUGCAGCUCGCUUAAAAGAACAAGAAAAAUUAGUUCGUUUAUGGACACAUGAAACCUAUAGAGUGUUCAACGAUCGUCUCGUCGAUCAAAAAGACAGAGAUCUGCUAUUUAAGAUAGUUUAUGCAGCAACAUAUCAAAACUUUCGCAUUCAUCUGCAUAAAGCGUUAGAAAAUAUAAUACCAGAAGAUGAAACAUUAUCCGGAGAGCAUAUUCGAAUGUUAUUGUUUGGAAAUUAUGGAGUUGCUGACGCUGAUGUUAAAAUAUACGAUGAGAUUAAUUACGAAAGUUUAUCAUCUUUAAUGGAAGGUUAUUUAAAAGAGUACAAUAUUGUAUCAAAAACACCCAUGAAUUUAGUUUUAUUUCAAUUUGCUAUUGAGCAUAUUUCAAGAAUUUCCCGAGUUUUGUUGCAAGAUAAUGGACAUGCCCUUUUGGUUGGAAUCGGGGGGUCUGGUCGACACUCUGCUGUUAAAUUAGCUACUAUGAUGGCUGAAUAUGUUAUAUUUACGAUUGAAAUAUAUCGAAUUUAUGGAGUAAAUGAAUGGCGUGAAGACAUUAAAAAAGUUUUAAUGAAAGCUGGAUGUGAAGGGACGCCAGUUACUUUUCUAUUUUCAGAUGAUCAAAUUGCUAAAGAAUCAUUUGUUGAAGAUCUUAGUAUGAUUUUAAAUACUGGUGAUGUUCCAAAUUUGUUCCCAUCCGAUGAAAAAGUUACUUUACUUGAAAAAAUUCAGGCUAUUGCUAACAAAUUGGGAAAAAAAGUUGAUGCAACACCAUUAGCAUUAUAUAAUUACUUUAUCGAAAGAGUAAAAGGCUCACUUCAUAUUUGCUUCGCAGCUAGUCCCAUUGGUGAUGAUUUUCGAAAUAGACUACGAAUGUUUCCAUCUUUAAUUAAUUGUUGUACAAUUGAUUGGUUUACCGCAUGGCCCCCAGAUGCUUUAGAACUGGUUGCACAAUCUUUUAUGAAUCAAAUCAACUUAACUGACGACAUUCGCAAAGCGUGUGUAAAUAUUUGCCAAAUGUUUCAUAUUAGUGUAGAGGAAGCUAGUAAAAAGUUUUUCGAAGAACAGAAAAGAAAAACUUAUGUGACGCCAACUUCAUAUUUAGAAUUAUUAGGCACUUUCCAAAGUUUACAUUCAAAGAGAGUUGAUCAGUUAACAACACAGAGAAUGAGAUAUGUUGUGGGUCUUGAAAAAUUAGAUUUUGCUGCAAGUCAAAUAUCAAUCAUGUCCAAAGAAUUAACUGACUUGCAGCCUAAGUUAAUUGCUGCUUCUGAAACUACUGAAAAAUUGAUGGUUAAAAUUGAAAAAGAUACAGCGGUUGUUGAAAAGCAAAAAGAGAUUGUAGGAGCAGAUGAAGCAGUUGCAAAUGAAGCUGCCGCUGCAGCGCAAGCUAUAAAGGAUGAUUGUGAGUCAGACUUGGCUGAGGCGCUUCCCGCAUUAAAUGCAGCCAAAGCAGCUUUAGACACCUUAACAGCUAAAGAUAUUACAUUAUUAAAAUCUAUGAAAAGUCCCCCCGCGGCAGUGAAAUUGGUCUUAGAAGCAGUAUGUGUAAUGCAAGGAUUAAAGCCAGAAAGGAAACCUGAUCCAAGCGGAAGUGGUAAAAUGAUUGACGAUUAUUGGGGUGUUUCUAUAAAAAUGCUUGGAGAUUUGAAGUUCUUAGCAAUUAUUAUAGGUUAUGAUAAAGACAAUAUCCCUCCAGCAACCAUGAAAAGGAUUAGAGAAAGGUACAUUUCUGAUCGAGAUUUUGAUCCAGAACUUAUCAAGAACAUAUCUACAGCUGCUACAGGUUUAUGUCAAUGGGUACGAGCUAUGGAGAUAUACGACCGUGUUAAUAAAAUUGUGGUCCCGAAAAAAGCAAAAUUAGAAUCGGCUGAAAAGGAAUUGCAGGUUCAAUUAGAUGUAUUAAACGCAAAACGAGCUCAAUUAAAAGAAGUUUUAGAUCAGUUACAAACGCUUAAUGAUCAAUUGGCAGCGGAGAAUAAAAAUAAGAAAGAUCUUGAAGAUAAUAUACAAUUAUGCUCAGAUAAAUUAGUACGAGCCGAACAAUUAAUCGGGGGGCUUGGCGGGGAAAAGAAAAGAUGGAGCGAAACUGCUGAUGAGUUAUUACAUACAUUGGAAAAUGUUGUUGGCGAUAUAUUACUAUCAGCUGGAACUGUUGCAUAUUUGGGACCAUUUACUGUUGAUUAUAGAAAUGAGUUAACUGUAAAGUGGAAUGAAUUGUGUUUAGAGUUAGAAAUUCCAUGCUCUAAGAAAUUUUCCAUCAUUGAAACACUAGGAGAACCAGUGAUCAUUAGACAGUGGAAUAUAUACGGAUUACCCGUUGACGCCUUUUCUGUUUCCAAUGGAAUCAUAGUUUUUAAUGCCAGGCGAUGGCCUCUAAUGAUUGAUCCACAAGGCCAAGCCAAUAAAUGGAUAAAAAAUACUGAGAAAGCAAAUGGUCUUCGUAUAAUAAAAUUAACCGAUUCGAAUUACAUGAGAACUAUGGAAGGUGCAAUUCAAUAUGGCAAACCAAUUUUACUAGAAAAUAUUGCUGAAACAAUUGAUGCCGUUUUGGAACCUAUUUUAGUAAAAAAUGUUUACAGAGAGCAUGGAAUUGAUUACCUUCGACUUGGCGAAAAUGUUUUGGAGUAUUCAAAGGAUUUUCGAUUUUAUAUAACUACUUCAUUGAGAAAUCCCCAUUAUUUGCCAGAAAUUGCAGUCAAGGUAACAUUGCUAAAUUUCAUGAUUACACCACAGGGAUUACUAGAUCAACUACUAGGAAUUGUUGUUGCAAAAGAAAGGCCUGAUUUAGAAGAGAAAAAAAAUGAAUUGAUUGUAACAAGUGCAAAUAAUAAAAAAUCUCUAAAAGAAAUAGAAGAUCAAAUUUUAAUGGUGUUAUCGUCCUCGGAGGGCAAUAUUUUAGAAGACGAAACUGCUAUAAAAAUAUUAUCAUCAAGUAAAAUAGUAUCAGAAGAUAUUCAAGCUAAACAAGUAAUAGCUGUUAGUACGGAAAAAGAAAUAGAUGUUGCUCGAAAUGAAUAUAAACCAAUUUCAGUACAUUCAUCUGUAUUAUUCUUUUGUAUAACCGAUUUAGCAAAUGUUGAUCCAAUGUAUCAAUAUUCAUUAGUAUGGUUUAUAAAUUUAUUCAUUCAAGCUAUUGCAUGCAGUGACAAAUCGACAGAUAUUACAAAACGUAUAUCUAAUUUAAAUGAUUAUUUUACGCAGAGUAUCUAUAGAAAUGUAUGCCGGUCAUUAUUCGAAAAGCACAAAUUGGCUUUUUCGUUUGUAUUAACAGUUGGAAUCUUAAGAUCGGAGAAACAAAUCGACGAAGACCAGUGGGUAUUCUUAUUAACAGGAGGUGUGGCUUUAGAAAACCCAUUUCCAAAUCCGGCAGCACAAUGGUUGACAGAUAAAGCUUGGGCAGAAUGCGUUCGAGCAAGCAAACUAAAUGAGUUGGAGAAACUACAAACUUCCAUUGAAAAGGAUCAUAAAAAAUGGAAAGAAUUUUAUGAUGUUUCUAAUCCUCAUCAGAUAGAUAUGCCACCUCCUUUUGAUAAAUUAUCUGGAUUAGCAAAAUUAAUUGCUUUAAGAUGUAUUCGACCUGAUAAAGUAGUACCAGCAGUUAGAUUAUAUGUCGCAAAUAUAAUGGGACCAAUGUAUACGGAACCACCUUUGUUUGAUCUACAAGCCUGUUAUAAUGACAGUAACCAGUGUUCACCAUUAUUGUUUAUUUUAUCACCCGGAUCAGAUCCUAUGGCAGGUCUCUUGAAAUUUGCUAACGAUGUUGGUAUUCCAAAAUCACAUAUACAUACUAUUUCCCUUGGCCAAGGACAGGGUCCCAUAGCAGCUGGUUUGAUCAAUGCGGCUAUUGCAUCCGGGGAAUGGGUCGUUUUACAAAAUUGUCAUUUAGCUCCAAGUUGGAUGCGAGAAUUGGAUCGAAUUUGUGAUGAAGUAAUUGUACCAGAAGCCACACAUAAAAAGUUUCGAUUGUGGUUAACAAGUUAUCCAAGCUCUGAUUUCCCUGUUUCUAUUUUACAAAAUGGGGUCAAGAUGACUAACGAAGCACCUAAAGGGCUUAAGCAAAAUCUUUUACGAUCUUAUCAAUCAGAUCCCAUUUCUGACACUGAAUGGUUUAAUAGUUGUAGUAAAUGGCGUGAAUGGCAAACAAUGCUUUUUGGACUAUGUUUUCUUCAUGCUGUAGUACAAGAGCGUCGAGCAUUUGGACCAUUAGGUUGGAAUACACCUUAUGAAUUUAACGAAUCUGAUUUAAAAAUUUGUCAACAACAGCUAUUGAUGUUCAUGAACGAUUAUGAUGAAGUUCAAUUUGAUGCCCUUACAUAUCUAACAGGGGAAUGCAAUUAUGGUGGUCGCGUUACUGACGAUAAGGACAGAAGACUUUUAAAUUCUCUUUUAAGUAAUUUUUACACUCCUGAAAUAAUCUUAAAUUCGAAGUUUCAAUUAUCAUCAAGUGGAAUAUAUUAUGUUCCAUACGAUACCACUCGAGAAGGUUGUAUUGAGUAUAUAAAGCAAUUGCCAAUUGAAUCAAAUCCUGAAGUAUUUGGUUUACAUGAAAAUGCUGACAUUACAAAGGAUAAUCAAGAAACAGCUCUAUUGUUACAUGUGACAUUGGUAACACAAACGCAGAUUGGUUCUGGAGGUGGUGGGGGAGCAGAUUCAGAUACAAUCAUUAUAAAUUUAUGCAACGAUAUUAUAUCGAAAAUUCCUUCUGAGUAUAAAAUUGCAGAGGUUGCUAAAAUAUAUCCAAUUUUAUAUGAAAAUUCAAUGAAUACAGUUUUAAAACAGGUCAAUUUAAUUUUAUAUAAAAGAAUUGUACCCAUUAAAAAAAAUUAUAGAGUUAAUUAAUAAUUGCAGGAAUUAAUCAGAUUUAAUAAAUUAAUUCGUGUAAUAAAAACAUCUUUACAAGAUUUGGUAAAAGCUAUUAAAGGAUUAGUAGUCAUGUCAUCAGCUCUGGAUGAAGCAUUUGCUGCUUUAACUGUGGGUCGUGUUCCAGUCAGUUGGUCUUCAAAAUCGUACCCAUCUCUUAAGCCACUUGGUUCAUAUGUAGCCGAUUUUUUAAGCAGGUUAAGUUUUUUACAAGAUUGGAUUGAUAAUGGUCCACCGAAUGUUUUUUGGAUAUCUGGAUUCUAUUUUACUCAAUCAUUUUUGACUGGUGUAUUGCAAAGCUAUGCUAGAAAAGUUCAAAUUCCCAUAGAUAUGUUUGAUUUCAAAUUUUAUGUUACAGACCAUGAGGUGGAAAUGCCAUCACAGCCAGAAAGUGGUGUUUACACUCGGGGAUUAUUUUUGGAAGGUGCACGUUGGGAUAGAGAAACAAAAGUAUUAAGCGAAUCCUAUCCAAAGAUUCUAUACGAUACAAUUCCUGUAUUAUUAUUAGAACCUGUUUUAAAAACGGAAUAUACAAAACAUGAUACAUAUUCAUGUCCUGUUUAUAAAACAAGUGCACGUAGGGGUGUAUUAGCUACAACUGGACAUUCAUCCAAUUUUAUUAUGUUUGCUGAAUUACCAACAGAACAUUCCGAAAAACAUUGGAUACAGAGAGGAGUUGCUAGUUUAAGUCAAUUAGAUGAUUAA